GGAAGAUUAAAGUAUACUUCAUAUAAUUCAUAGACUAUAGAGUUGGCAUUCGCAACCAUGGAGUUAAUAAGUGAGAUAAGCGUCGUAAGUGUUUUGAUAAGGUCGUGGGUGACCGCUGGUCCAAAGUGAAAUUGUUGAGCGUUUCAAUCGCAUCUUGGGAUUUCUAUUCCACAUCGGCCUUUAUUUCGGCAACAUGACGCGACUUGUGCUUGAACAAGUGACCGAUUUCGGCGAUUUCACGGGUGGGAAGGAUUUAAAAGAGUUUUUAAAACAGGCGUAUUCCAACAUCUCUCAAAACCGCCUGUCUGAUGUUCGCGUGAGUCCAGAUGGACGUCACAUUCAUGUUAUUGUGCGUCAACCCAACAGUGGUCACGUGACAUAUGACAAAUAUCUGAGACCAAAUCUCAUGCAGUCACAGAAACACGCUGAUUUAGCGUUAACGCAGACUGUGCCUAUAUUGGAUGUGAUUUAUAUUGCCCAAAGCAAUUCUGAAGACCGGCUCUUAGUGCUGGGAGUGAUUUUUGAGAAUGAAAAAGUGGAAUUCUGGAAAUUCCUGGAGUGCAAAUUAGGCUGGAAUUUACUACACACUGUGGAUCUGUGUAACAGCCCCAGAGCAAAAGUGAUAUCUGUGUGCUUGUGUCAAAAGUUCAUUAUAUGGUGUGAAGAAAGACCCCAGUCAGAGAGCUCUAGUAAUGUGUGCAGCAACUUCAGGUACUGCAUAUGCAAAAAGACUAUAGAAAUCAAUGAGGGGUGUGUCAGUUUGGGCAGUGUGAAAAUUACAUUGCGCAAUAAUCCUAGAUUCAUGGUCAUCAGUUCAGGGGAUUUGGUAUACAUGCUGCCAGACAUACGGGAAGCCUCUCUUAUGGAAGUUUCCGAAGUGUUUCUAGCGUGGUCACCCGAACAUGAUACUUUUAAUGUGCACAGUGCCUGUAGUGGGACAAUUCUUAUGAAAAGCUCAAACAAGGAAUCUGACUUUAAGAGACUUGUUACAGACUGCAUUGGCUUUCUCUUCUCUAUAAAUCCUCCAGAUAUAUGUGGAUUCUCACCUACUGGAUUUGGAGAUCUCCUGCUUCUCCUUAGCAGUGGAUGGGUGUGUGUUUUGAAGAGGGACAGCAGUCUACAGAAGGUAUACAAAUUAUCUGACAAUUCCCUUAGUGCAGGUGGGACACUAAAUAGCCUAAAUAUAUACAAUGAAACCCUGGCACUAACAGUAGGCAGGACUUUUUUCUUAAUCGAUACUAAAUGUGGGUUGGAAUUGGGAAGAAUAAAUCUGAAAAGGGAGGGCCUUCUCUUUGUGAACUCUUUGGACAGUCACUCUCCGCAAAUAUUGUCAGAGAUGGGGGUAUUUGUGGUUACGCAAAAAGAACGAUUGGCACAACAGCAGGCAGGCACGUCCUCUACCUCUUCAUUGUGUUACGGCAUAAAGGAGAGUUCUGGUAGCUUGCCACUUUAUAAACAGGCCUUGACAGUGCUUCUAUGCAAAGGGGCCAACCAACACCUUCAAGUGGAGUUGCUAUUGUCUAAAGCAGUAAUGCAGGCUUUGCAGAUUCUCAUGAAACGGGGCCAGUGGGAACGGGUCACCCAAGUAGCUGCAGAAGUUUGCCUGCAAAGCCCACUUCUAAAUAAAGAGAUAUUCAGCACUCUGCUGUGUAAAGUAGCCCAACAUAGGGAUCUGGACCCAAACUUGGACCUGUUGUGGACCCUGUGCCCAGAGGACAUGACUGUCACUAGCAUACUUAAUAUAGUAUUGACAAACCUGCCUCUAUCCAAGCAGAACUCUGGACCAUUUGAGGAUCAUGGCAGCCAGGUCACAAUUGGCCUUUUGAAACCACUGCUGAGGAAAGUUCUCCAAAGGGUGACUAAACCUAGCCAGAGGUAUGCAGAUAUCCUUCAGUCACCCUCCACUCUUCCUCCACCAACUGUCCUGUUUGAUUCUCCCACUCACAAAUCAUAUUGCUAUCUUUCCUAUAGCGAGAUGCUUUCUAUUCAGUACUGA